GAGACCGUCAAUUCGACGCUUCGUUUGUGUGACGAAAAUAAGCGGAUUUUAUGUUGAAAAACAUUUCUUUUUAAAAAAAUAGUUCAAUUUAUUUGGCUAGAACAAUGGAUAAAAGUUUUGAGAUGAAGAUUGACGAAGAACUCGUCGAUGAUGGCUGGGGACGGCACAAGGUGGACGAUGAAAUGGAACAUACGGAUGAGCCCAUGGAAAAUCCACAAGAAGUCAUUGACGAAUGUUUGUCAAAGUUUUGCACAUCGGAUUAUAUUAUGGAGCCGGGCAUUUUUACACAACUCAAAAGAUAUUUUCAAGCCGGCGGCACUCCAGAACAAGUUAUUAAUCAACUGUCACAAAACUAUACGGCCGUUGCUCAAAUGGCCAAUUUAUUAGCCGAAUGGUUAAUUUUGGCCGGUGUUUGUGUUACAGAUGUACAAGCUAUGGUGGAAAAUCACUUGAAAGACAUGAUUUUACGUACAUUCGAUCCGAAAAAAGCCGAUACCAUUUUCACCGAAGAGGGAGAGACACCAGCCUGGUUGACCGAAAUGGUUGAACAUCACACGUGGCGUUCAUUAAUUUAUCGUUUAGCCGAAGAGUAUCCAGACUGUUUGAUGCUGAAUUUUACGAUAAAAUUGAUAUCAGAUGCUGGAUUUCAAAGUGAAAUCACUUCCAUAUCAACGGCUGCACAACAAAUCGAAGUUUAUUCACGUGUACUCAAAACAUCUAUAAUAAAAUUCCUAACAAAUCCAGACGAUGUACAGAGAAAUAUCGAAGAAUGCGCAAGAAUGGUGUGCCAUGGCCAACACACGUAUGUGUAUAGUCAGGUGUUGAUUCAAGUAUUGUCUCAGGAACCAAAAGGUGGAUUCAAUAUGAAACGCUUAUCUCAGGAAAUUACCAAAUAUGCACUUCAAAAUAACCACAAUGUGACACCAAUCACAAUGACUUUGAAUGGUUCGGCAGCAUAUCCACAAGCAUGUCAGGCGUUAACAUCAAUGUUAUCGCGAAAUACAUUAAAUCCAGCCGACAUAACCGUUUUGUUUCGAAAUUAUUCGGCAUCCGAUUCGCCACCAAUUGAUUUAAUUCGAAAUCCACAAUUUUUGGAUCUUUUGGUUGACUCACUGUUUCGCACCGGUGUCAAAAUCAAUCCAGAGCACAAAAGCAAAUACAUUUAUUUGUUGGCAUAUGCGGCCAGUGUGUGCGAAACAUACACAAAAAAGGGCAAUAAACGAAAUAUCAAUAAAGAUGAAUUGAAGGGCACCAUGCAAGCCAUUGAGAAAGUGCACGGAAUAUGCAACGUUAAUCUCGGCUCAACGGAAUUAAUUGCCGAAUUGCAAACACUGUACGAGUGUAUUCGAUUUCCAGUUGUUGGUGUUGGUGUUAUUCGUUGGGUUGAAAAUACGGUCACCGAUCAUUCAUAUUUCAAACUGUCCACCGACAGUUGUCCCAUGCAUUUAGCCAUACUGGACGAAGUGGCCAACGUUCAUUUGUCGCUUCAUCAGCAAAUCCUAAAACUUCUCAUCAAAUUAUUCGAAUCGAAACAAGAUGAAUUGGAAAUUUUGGUGCAGUUGGAAUUGAGAAAAAUGCUUUUGGAUCGUAUGAUAAAUCUACUGACGCGGGGUUGUGUUGUGCCUGUUGUUAAGUACAUCAAACAAUGCUGCCAGAAAGGCGACACAGACACAUCACUCAUUCGAUAUUUUGUAACCGAGGUUCUUGAGACGAUAACUCAUCCAUAUUCGCCGGAAUUUGUGCAACUGUUUUUACCCAUGGUGGAAAAUGAAGAAAUUAUGGGCUCAAUGAGAGGCGAAGGAGACAAUGAUCCUGUUUCAGAGUUCAUUGUUCAUUGCAAGGCCCACUACAUGACUGUGUAGCUUAAAAAUUCCUCCGACUGCUUGAAGUAGUUAUUAAUUAAUUUUACUUAUCAAUUUAAAUUGUAAGAAUCAAUACACAUUCAUCGUAAAAAAUAAAUGAUUUU